AUGGCGGUCUAUGGCUUUCCAGAGGAGAGGUAUAAAGCUCGGACUUGGGACCUAGUCCGUCGUGCUAAGCCUCCCCAUCCUAUGCCUUGGCUUUGCAUUGGUGACUUUAAUGAUAUAAUUUCCCCAGCUGAUAAGCUUGGUGGUGAUGUGCCCGAUAUGGGACGUUUGCAGGUUGCUAACCAGGCCUGUAAUGAAUGUGACUUUCAUGAUGUUGGUUUUUCAGGUUACAGAUUCACUUGGUCGAAUAUGCGAGAAGCACCUAACACGGUUGAAGAACGGUUGGACUUUGCACUUGCAAACUCAGAUUGGAGUUGCAUGUGGCCAGUCACUAAAGUCCGCCACUUUAUUAAUUACAAAUCUGACCAUUGUCCUAUUGUCUUGACUUGCUCUUCUCGCAGGGGUCAUAGAGAACUGGCAAGGACCAAGCUCUUUCGUUUUGAGGAGCUUUGGCUUCAAAGCGGUGAUGAGUGUUCUGAAGUGGUAGCUGAAGCCUGGAGUAGGACCUGGUCUGGUGAUGACCUCCAUGGUAAAUUUGAGGCGGUCAGUGUAGCCCUUGGUUCUUGGGGUAAGCAGAAGUUUGGGGACAUACCAAAGAAGAUCUCUGAUCUUAAGGUCCGUCUUCAAAACCUACAGCGGAAACCUAAGACGGAAGGGAUAUUGCGUGAGAUGAGAGAGGCAGAGCGAGAGCUUGAUGUCCUUCUUGAAAGAGAGGAGAUAUGGUGGAGCCAAAGAUCGAGGGCAAAUUGGUUAAAACAUGGGGACCGUAAUACUAGGUUCUUCCAUCAAAAGGCAUCUCAGCGACGGAAGUGGAACCUCAUUGAGGUUAUAACAGAUAGUGGUGGUCGAGAGGUAGAGGAUGAUGCACAAAUCUCACAGGUCCUAAGGGAGUACUUUGAGAGCCUAUUUACAUCCUCCAACCCAUCUGGCAUUGAAGAGGUGACGUCCUUGGUGGCGGUAAGAACUCUGUUGGUUUUGAUUCCUAAGAUCAAGGAACCUUUGCAUGCGGCACAAUAUAGACCUAUAAGUCUAUGUAACGUGCUUUUUAAAAUUAUUACAAAAACUAUUGCUAAUCGUCUGAAACUGAUUUUACCUGAUCUGAUUAGCAACUCUCAGAGUGCAUUUGUGCCUGGUCGUUUGAUCACAGAUAAUGCUUUGAUUGCACAUGAGUGCUUUCACUAUAUGAAGAAGAAAAUCACAGGCUGGAAUGGCAUGAUGGCCCUCAAACUCGAUAUGUCAAAAGCAUAUGACAGAGUUGAGUGGAAUUUUUUGCAAGCAGUGUUGUCUAGUAUGGGAUUUCCCACGCAUUGGGUGACCCUUAUUAUGAACUGUGUGUCUUCUGUAGACUUCUCUAUUAUGCUGAAUGGUAACCCUCAACCGGUUUUCUCACCCUUGAGAGGUUUGCGUCAGGGUGACCCUUUAUCCCCAUAUCUAUUUAUCCUUUGUGGGGAGGUCUUCUCUGCGCUUAUCCAGAGGUCUAUAUAUGUUUCUUCCUUACAUGGUAUUAAAAUUGCGAAAUAUGCACCUGUUUUUUCUCACCUUCUAUUUGCAGAUGACGGUAUCAUUUUUGCUAAAGCCACUAAUCAGGAGGCGGAAGUGGUGAAAACCAUUUUGACCACCUAUGAGCGUGCUUCCAGACAAAUGAUUAAUCUGGACAAGUCAAUGCUUUUAGUUAGCCGAAAUGUGCCUCAGAACCGUCUUUAUGAGCUUAAACAGUUGUUGGGAGUAAAGGCAGUGGAAAGCUUUGACAGAUACUUGGGUUUACCAACUAUUUUUGAGCUUGAGAGUAUGAUUUCCAGGUUUUAUUGGGGAGGAAAUGUGUCCAAGAGGGGUAUUCAUUGGUCUAGUUGGAGUAAGCUUUGCCGCUCCAAGUGUGAUGGUGGACUUGGCUUCAGGGAUCUUCAUGCUUUCAAUAUGGCUCUUGUAGCCAAGAACUGGUGGAGGAUUUAUUCCCACCCUGAAUCCCUGUUUGCUCAAAUUUUUAAGGGAGUGUAUUUCCCGCAUGGGUCCAUGCUCAAGGCUAAGAAAGGUUGGCUUCCGAGCUAUGCUUGGUCUAGUAUAUGGAGUACAAAGUGGACUUUUGAAACGGGCGCUCGGUGGAAAAUUGGCAAUGGCCAAAUGGUUGAUGUCCGCCAUGACAAUUGGUUACCACAUGGGACUCCUAUUAUUUAUAGUGAGGAUCUCUUGUUGGAUUUGAAUAUUACUUACGUUUCUGACCUGUUGUUAAACUCAGGGAAAGAAUGGAAUAGAGAACUUGUUGAACAUGUUUUUUGUCCUAACACUGCUUUGCAAAUUACGUCCCUUCCAUUGUCUAUGCAUGGAGGUGUGAAUGACUCUCUCUUUUGGCCAGGUGCUCCUGAUGGUUUAUAUUCUUCUAAGUUAGGUUACUCUUUUAUUAGAGACCAUGAGGCGCAGACUACCACGUCGGCUUCCAUGGCGACGUCUCCCUUGCCUGCAAAGCUUUGGCAAAGUUUUUGGAAGACAACAGCCCUCUCGAGGUGCAAAGAUCUUGCUUGGCGUGUUUUCUGUUCACUCCUUCUGGUCCGGGAUUCUUUAUGGCGGAAAGGUGUGAACAUUGAUCCAUCUUGCCCUCUAUGUGGCUAUGAGUCGGAAACUGUAAGCCAUCUUUGGUUGCACUGUCCAGUUUCUAAAUGUUUUUGGUUUGCUCACCCGCUUGCUUUGCGUUUGGAUAAUUUUUUCACUGUUACAGAUUUUCUAUUACAGUUCUUGGUGGAUGCUGAUAGUGAUGCCGUGGCGAGCUGGCAAACGGCCUCCUAUGCGUUAUGGGAAGCUCGUAACUAG